AUGUGUUGCAAUUGCUGCAGUGUUCGCCAGCAGAAGAUCUGGGUCUUCACCUUGGGAGGCCUGAUCCUGGCCAUCGGGGUGUUCCUCGUUUCCGCCUGGCCAGCUGUAUCCCGCCAGUGGAUUCGCAGUAUCCUGCCCUUGGCUCCCAACUCCUUCAUCUACAAUCGCUGGGUGACCACACCAAUGCCACUGUACAGCACAAUUUACCUCUUCAACUGGACUAAUCCUGAGGAUUUGAACACCGAGGGCGUUAAGCCCAACUUCGAGCAGCUGGGACCGUACACCUUCAGCGACUUCAAGGUUAAAGAAGAUCUGGAGUGGAAUCAGCCCGAGGUGACCUAUUUUGGCAAACGCACCUGGCAUUUUCUCCCCGACAAGUCAAACGGCUCGCUGGAUGAUAUGGUUGUAGCCCCUCAUUUUCCGUCUUUGACAGCUGCCUCGUAUUCGCGGCGAAUGCGCCGCAUCCUGCGCAAGGUCAUGAACUUUGCCCUGAAUCGCGAGGGCGGUGCCACCCACAUGACCCACACAGCAGGUCAGUGGCUCUUCGACGGCUACUAUGACCAUCUGCUGGACUUUGUGGAGCAGCUGCAUUCGCCCCUGCUGCCGGUUUACAGCAAUACCUUCGGCUGGUUCUACGAACGGAAUAACUCCAAAACGGCCGAGGGAAACUUUACGGUGCACACUGGUCGUGGAGAUCUCAGCCAGAUGGGGGAUCUCCUCCUGUGGAAUGGUGAAAACACUACCGGCUAUUAUCCUGGCGAAUGUGGCAAGGUCAAUGGCAGCACGGGGGAACUGUGGUCGCCGGACAGGAAGUGGAACCAGCCCACCUCCAUUUUCUUGUCCGAUGCAUCGCGUUUUUUAAACCUUUUCCCCAAGGAAAACCUCACCAUUGAUGGCAUUGAUGUCUGGCGUUAUGAGUCCACCAAUCUCACCCUCGACAAUGGCCAGCUUUCACCGGACACUAAGUGCUUUUGCCUCGAGAAUCGCGAGUGCCCCCGCAAUGGAGUCCUGGAUUACGGUCCCCCAGCCUUCAAUGGUCCGUUCUACAUGUCGCAUCCGCACUUUUACCUCACGGACGACCUGUACAGGGAGAACACAACGGGUCUGCGACCCGAGGAAUCCGAACACGGCAUGUUUGUGAUAAUGGAGCCCACACUUGGCAUUCCGCUGAGCCUGAGGGGGCAGCUCAUGAUUAGCACGAAAGUGGUGCGCGAUGAGGCCAUUGACUUAUUCAAGGAUGUGGCCUAUGAUCACUAUGCGCCCCUAUUUACCAUGAGAAUCCAUGCGGAAUUAGAUGAAAGCCUUACGAGUUUACUUAAGCUCGCCUUAAAUGCCGCCAUUAUUGGAAUGUAUACGGGAAUCGGAUUACUUCUUUUUGGACUGACAAUGAUCACAGUCGGUCUAUUUGUCACAAAGAACCACAAGUGGUACAACGAAAAAAAGUCCGUGGGCUGUCAUAAAGAAUAA